UUUUCUUUCCCCACCAGUGUUCCAUUUUGCUUGCCGCACACGCAUCAUGCUCCACGUUAGCCGACUCCUCCGCUCCCGAGCGCCUUCUUCGCUCGCCCGUCAGCCUUCUUCGUCGCUCUUGCCAUCUAUGGCCACGCGCGCCUUCACCUCCAAGGCAGCGACCGACGACCAAAGCUGGAUGGGCUAUGGCUUUGGCGCCGCGGCCCUUCUCCUUGCUAGCGGUGCGAGCAUGAACCAAACGGAUAACUGCGGAAUUGUCGGUGUUGUGAGCAAGCACCAAGAAGCCAACACCUUCUUGUUGGAGGGAUUGACAAUCCUUCAAAACCGCGGGUACGAUUCAGCGGGCAUGGCUACAUCCAAGCACGACGGUGGGUUGCCCAUCACGGUGACUAAGUUUGCGUCGGUGCAAGGCACAGCCGACUCUAUCAAUCUACUGCGUGAAACGAAGGAUGAUCAUGCGAAGAAUACGGUCGGCAUCGCCCACACCCGAUGGGCGACGCAUGGCGGCAAGACGGACGAAAACUCGCAUCCGCACUUGGACCAGAACAAGCGUGUGGCGGUGGUUCACAACGGCACCAUCACCAACUACAACGAGCUCAAGAAUGAACUCGUUGAAGCUGGCGUCAAGUUCUCGUCGCAGACCGACACGGAAGUGAUUGCCCAACUCAUUGGCCAAAUCAUGAACGAAGGCGCCGACUGCUUGACGGCUACCCGCUUGGCCUUGGGCCGCCUGGAAGGCACAUGGGGGCUGUGCGUCAUGGCGCGCGACGAACCUGGGAAAGUCAUCGUGGCCCGCAACGGGUCGCCGCUGUGCAUUGGCUACGGCUCCAACUCAAUGUACAUUGCGUCCGAGACGACAGCGUUCACCCGCCACACGAAGCGCUUCCUGUCUUUGCAAGAUGGCGAAGUGGCCGUGGUGAAAGCCGACACGGCCGAAUUGAACCCCACACACCCGGACGACCUCACAACGUUGCAGCGCUUCCCGACUAGCCGCUUGGGCACGGCGCCCGACGUCAAGGUCCGCUUGUCGCCGGCGCCGUUCCCGCACUGGACGAUCCGUGAAAUCAUGGAACAGCCCAAGGCCGUGGCCUCGUCCCUCGGGUACGGCGGCCGCGUGUCUGAUGACCACGUGUACCUCGGUGGACUGGAAGCCGAGAAGGACAAGAUGCUCAAGAUCAAACACUUGCUCAUUUCUGCAUGCGGGACGUCGCUCAAUGCCGGCAAGUACGGCGCCAAGAUCAUGCGCACAUUGGGUGCGUUCGAUUCCGUGUCGGCCGAAGACGCCGGCGAAUGCACGAACGAGCGGCUGCCACGUCACGACGGCGGGUUGUUGGUCGUGUCGCAGAGUGGCGAGACCAAGGACGUCCACCGUGUGCUGCAGCUUCAAGGCGCGCAAGAGAUGCCCAUGUUCAGUGUGGUCAACUCGGUGGGGUCGCUCAUUGCCCGAACCACCAAGUGCGGCGUGUACCUGAACGCCGGACGUGAGAACGCGGUUGCCAGCACCAAGGCGUUCGUGACCCAGGUGACCGUCCUCGGCCUCAUCGCCGCCUGGUUUGCGCAGAACCGACCCGAGUCGGUCAACCGCGGCAAGUUGGACGAGCUCAUCCAGUCGCUGCACCGCCUCCCCAUCACCAUCGGCAUGGCGCUGCGCACCCGCGCGCAAUGCAUCGAAGUGGCACAGAAGCUCAUGCCCAGUGAACACUUGUUUGUGCUGGGCAAGGGCUACGGCGAGCCGAUCGCGUACGAAGGCGCGUUGAAGAUCAAGGAGAUCACGUACUUGCAUGCGGAAGGGUACUCUGGCGGCGCGUUGAAGCACGGCCCGUUCGCGCUCAUCGAGGGCAAGGAAGGGCAGUUUGGCCCCACGCCCAUCAUCCUCGUGGUGCUGGACGACGAGCACGGCCACCUCAUGAAGACGGCGGCGGAGGAAGUCCGCGCCCGUGGCGCGUACACGAUUGUGAUCACAGACAACCCGGCCAUGUGCGAAGGCAUCGCCGACUCGAUCAUCCCGAUCCCCAACAACGGCCCCAUGACCGCCCUCCUCGCGAGCAUCCCGCUCCAGCUCAUUGCGUACGAACUUGCUGUGAAACGAGGCAUCAACCCCGACGUCCCGCGCAACUUGGCCAAGGCCGUCACCGUCGACUAAAUAGUAUGACCCGGUCCGAGACGUACAGUACUCAACUAAAACCAUAAUAAAACACAAAUGCAUGUGUAUCUGUCGUAGUGCUGUACACUGCAUCCCAUA